GCCCAAACGCCACGUCAAAAAUCGAACCCGUGCGCACAAACGAGCGCACCCCGUGAACACACCGACUCUCCGCCUGUGAAUGAAAUAAACAAAGAGCCGGCCACUUUUUGGGACUAUAGCCACCGAUUCACGAGCUUCUUGGAAACAUGGACACCGGUUUGAGUCCAGAAAAAGUGGCCAGCUUUACAAAGCGCCUGCGCUCUGAACCACGCUACCUGUUGGCCCAGAAUGUGUCCACCUGCAUCGACCCUUUGGAGGUUUGUUUGCACCGACAGACCGUCCAGGAUACAGUGCAUAUCUUUCAGCACUCCAUUCCCACGGAAGGCAAGCCUAUCACCAACCAGAAAAGCUCAGGGAGAUGUUGGAUCUUCUCGUGCCUCAACGUCAUGCGACUUCCCUUCAUGAAGAAGUUUAAUGUAGAGGAGUUUGAGUUUAGUCAGUCCUACCUCUUUUUCUGGGACAAGAUUGAGCGUUGCUACUACUUCCUCCAUGCGUGUGUGGAGACGGCACAGAGGAAGGAGCCGGUAGACGGGCGCCUGGUCCAGUUUCUUCUCUCCAACCCGACCAAUGAUGGAGGACAAUGGGACAUGCUGGUCAAUCUCAUUGAGAAGUACGGCGUCAUUCCAAAGAAGUGCUUCCCAGAGUCCCACAGCUCAGAGGCCUCGCGCAGAAUGAACGACAUCCUCAACCAUAAGCUGAGGGAAUACUGUUUGAGACUGAGGAACAUGGUGGCCAGCGACGCUACGAAGACCGAACUGUCUGAGGCUAUCGACACCAUGAUAGAAGAGGUGUUUCGUGUGGCCAGCGUUUGUCUAGGCAGCCCUCCAGACACCAUCUGCUGGGAGUACCGGGACAAGGACAAGAACUUCCACCGCUUGGGACCCCUCAGCCCCCAGGAGUUCUACAGGCAACAUGUCAAACCGCUUUACAACAUUCAGGACAAAGUCUGCCUCGUAAACGACCCCCGACCGCAGAACCCUUACGGGAAGCUGUACAGCGUGGAGUUCCUGGGGAACAUGGUCGGAGGCCGCAGCACCCUGUACAACAACCAACCCAUCCAGCUGCUUAAGAAGGCCGCUGCAGACUCCAUUAAGGAUGGAGAGGCCGUGUGGUUCGGGUGUGACGUCGGAAAACAUUUCCACAGCAAACUGGGCAUUAAUGAUAUGAAUGUGUUCAACCAUGAGCUGGUGUUUGGAGUGUCUGUAAAGAACCUUUCAAAGGCAGAGAGGCUGAUAUACGGCGACUCCCUCAUGACGCACGCCAUGAUCCUCACUGCUGUUACGGACAAGGAUGAGAAAGGUUUUGAAAAAUGGCGGGUGGAGAACUCCUGGGGCGAUGACCGUGGAAACAAAGGUUACCUGAUCAUGACGGACGACUGGUUCUCAGAGUACGUCUACGAGGUGGUGGUGGACAAGAAGUUCCUCUCCGAUGAUGUCAUGCAAGUGAUGCAACAGGAGCCCGUUGUACUUCCUGCGUGGGACCCAAUGGGAGCGUUGGCAUAAAAAUCACAAAUGCAGGUUUUAGCCCCACCCCCUGGUCUAAUUGACUCCACCCUCUUCCUCAGCUGCUUUUAAGUCCAAUGGUUUCCUCAUGCCGCCUAUAAAAGAGCUUGUUCUUAUAGGAAAAAUAAAAACGUUUCUUUUUUACUCAA